AUCCUCAAUCGUGGUAAAACUAACAUACAUAUAUUAGUAGAACCCUUGUAGCGUUCAAUAUUCUGAUCAUAAACUGCAUUCAGAGUUACAAUGCCUGGUUGAUGCUUCGUUUUGCAAUGUAACUCGUUCUCUCACUCGUCAACUAUCUCUGCUCGCCUGGUUGAUGCUUCGUUUUGCAAUGCCUGCCCUUUCUGCCAAAUGGUUGUACGGAAAGUCAUUAGUGUAAUUGGACGAUGCUUCUUUAUGCUCUUAGGUUUUUUUUUUUUUUAAAUUUGGGCUUCUGUUAUUGGAUUCACAAUUUUGCCGAGCAAGAAUGGUUUCUUUGCUUCUGUUCAUGUGGAAUUCUUGAUUUCGCUGAGAGUCGGAUUGUGCUGUCAAACAUAUUGUGUUGCUGAGCUCAAAUCAUGGUGGUACUUCGCGAUCAGCAGUUGAGUGCAAUAAUGUAGAUUUCAUGAUUAGAUUAGUGGGAUUAUCUGCUCAUGAGCAAUUUAUUGGUUGAAUAAGAUUUUGCUCAUGAUCACGUGUUUUUCUUGCUAGGUUCUACUUUAUUUCAUGUUGAUUGUGAUAUCAGUAACUUGUUUCGUAGGUUUGCGGUUACCGGGUUUGUGAUCGAAAGAAGUGAUGGCAGUGCAGCAAGCCCCAACUACGAUAGUCCCUCUGAAUGCCGAUGUUGUCAGCAAGGCAUUCGUCCUUCAAUACUACCCCAUUCUGCAUCAAUCGCCGGAGCGUGUUCAUCGGUUUUAUCAGGACAUCAGAAAACUUGGCCGUCCUGAAGAAAAUGGAAUCAUGGGGAUCACCACAACCAUGAAGGCAAUCAAAGAGAAGAUGCUGUCGCUUGAUUAUGGUGAAUUCAGUGCAGAGAUAAGCACAGUUGAUGCACAGGAUUCUUACAAUGGUGGAGUUCUUGUUCUUAUCACUGGAUAUUUGACUGGAAAAGAUAAUGUGAGGCGGAAAUUCACUCAGAGUUUCUUCCUAGCACCUCAACAUAAAGGCUAUUUUGUUCUGAAUGACAUAUUCAGAUAUGUUGAGGAACUCCAGCUCUUGGAUGCAAACCCUGUUCCUGUUAGUGAUGUAGAAGCCCCUGUGGCUGUUGAAGAGGAUCCUACUCCAGAUCAGGAGAAUGAUAUAACUGAGCAAAGUCCGGUGCCUGUGGAGGAAGAAGACCAUGCAGAAGUGUAUAAUCCUUCUGAAAAUGGAGAUGUUUCAGUAUGGGAGGAGGAAAUUUUGGCACCUGAGGUUAUUGAUGAAAGUCCUGUUGAUCCAGAGGUAAAGGUAAUGAAGGAGGGUUCUGUUCAAGCAUCUGCAUCAACGCCUGCCUCUGGGAAGUCUGGUACGAGGGCUCAAGAAGAGCAGGUGACUGCUUCACUGUCUCCUGCCCCCACAGUUGAGAAUCAGCUUACCAAUCCAAAAGUGACUGAAAAUGAGAACAGUCAAGAGAGUGAAUGUAUCAUAGCAGGAUAAAGGGUUUAUUUGGAUCUACACUGUCUGAUGAAUCAUUUGAUUGUCAGCAGCCGAUGGUCACUCCAUCCACUUGAAAGGACUACCAAUGAAUGUUACCUAUCUGCAAGUUCAGAGCGAGUUUACUAAGUUUGGACCUAUUAAACGUGGUGGUAUUCAGAUCAGGGCCCAGAAGGUAUGCUUGACCUCAGCUUCAAUUUACGGUUGUAUUUUUGCUCAGGAUUUAUUGUGAUUUGUCCAUGCAUGAUCUUGAACAGGGAUUUUGUUUUGGCUUUGUUGAAUAUGUAGAACGGAGUGAUGCACAAAGUGCAGUACGGGUGUGCAUUAUCCUAUCAUGCGCCGAUUCUGUAGUUUCAAAUUGAGUGUUAUCAAACUACAUGAAUGUUGGCAACUGAACUAUUCUAGUCUAUGUCGGUGCUUAAGGACAGGUUUUACUCAUUUAAGCAUUGGUAAUCUAUAUCUUUAGACUUAGACAUGGAGAAGAGCGAAGUUAGGGAAAUGGUGAUACUGACAGGAUUAUCCUAUCGUCCUCAUUUCAUUUAAUUCCAGUCAAGAUUCUUUUGCGCUGAUUCUGUAGUUGCAAAUUGAGUGUUAUCAAACUACAUGAAUGUUGGCAACUGAACUAUUCUAGCAAACGUAGCAGAUCGAAUGGAAAUCAGAUUGGUUAGGCAAUGAAGUUAUAACCUCAGUGAACUAUGUUUCUCCAAUCUGGCUUCAUUAAUCUCCCCUAGUCCACUGUCCGGUGCAACCACUUGCUUUUCAAAUAAUUUUGGUUAAUGUUACAACUUAUGCAUGCACAUCUUAAUAAACAGUGCAUGAGAUUCUCAUCAGUGAAGGGAUUAAACGGGUGUUCUUUGUUCUCCAUUCCUGUCUAUGCAAUUCUUUCUUUCUUCUUCAUCUUUUUUUUUUGGGACAAGUUGUUUAUAAAGUGAUGCCUCUGAAGUUCAGAUAAGUGGAUUCUCAUUGUUUUAGGUUGUUACGCUUGUUUGUUUUCAAGAAAUAUUUUUAACUUUAAUUUUAACUCGAUUCCACUUAACUUCACUUAUCUUUAAUUCAACAACACAAUUAUUAUUUUCUCUCAACUAUUCAUUACUUUUUCCACAAUUCAACAACACG